AUGAUCGAUAUAGGCACGCAAGGGUACAACUCCCGUGUGGAGAGCUUCAGGGAUGAAGAAUACCCCAUGUUGAAGGACUCAAUCUAUCUAGACCAUGCUGGAUCAACUCUGUAUUCGAAGUCCCUCAUAGACAAAUUCUCUGCGGACAUGAUGUCGAAUCUACUAGGCAAUCCGCACUCAGCGUCUUCGCCGUCCCAGUACACAACUUCCCGAAUCGAAGACAUUCGCCUUCGACUUCUCGGUUUUUUUCAUGCUGAUCCAGUAGAUUUUGAUCUGGUAUUCGUGGCAAACGCCACUGCUGGCAUUAAACUUGUUGCUGAAGCCUUUCGGGCGUCACCAGACGGGUUCUCUUUUGCGCACCACGAAGCAUGCCAUACCAGCAUAAUAGGGGUUCGUGAAGAAGCGCGUAACAGUGAGUGUCUUGAUGAUUUUCAAGUUCAGAAAUGGAUUUCUGGGGAGAGUCCUUUUCCCGACUCCAAUUUUUCUCAGCGAGACGUGCUUUUUGCGUAUACGGCUCAGUCUCAUAUGGAUGGUCGUCGUUAUCCUUUGGCGUGGACAACCCUGUUGCGACAAUCAAGUGCCUCAUCAAGAGGCCGGUUUUUCACCAUUCUAGAUGCCGCUUCGCUAACUGCGACUUCCCCCUUGGAUCUCAGUGACGCAGAUUCAGCUCCCGAUUUCACCAUUUUAAGUCUUUACAAGAUAUUUGGCUUCCCAGACCUUGGUGCUCUGAUAGUUAGGAAACAAGCUGAGCCAAUUUUCGAUAACAGGCGCUACUUUGGUGGCGGCACCGUCGACAUGGUCGUUUGUAGUAAGGAGCAAUGGCAUUCGCCCAAAGCUAUGUUCUUGCAUGAAAGACUUGAGGAUGGCACACUACCGUUCCACAGCAUCCUCGCGCUUGAUGCUGCUCUUGAUGUCCACGCGACGCUAUACGGAAGUAUAGUAAAGGUAGCAUCGCAUACAGCAUUCCUGACGAGACGCCUGUAUAAGGGGUUGGCAGCCCUCCAACAUGGCAACGGUCUCUCGGUGUGCACUAUCUACUCGCAACAGAACAUCGACGGAGCAGAAACCAGUAGCGGUGGACCGCUGGUUGCAUUCAACAUUCGCAACUCUUCUGGGGCUUGGAUUAGCCUGUACGAGUUCGAGAAAUUGGCAACCUUGAAGAAUUUGCACAUUCGAACAGGUGGUGUCUGCUGCCCUGGAGGCAUCGCCUCAGCGCUUGACUUGAAACCAUGGGAGAUGAAGAGGAACUUUUCUUCCGGUUUCCGGUGUGGGACAGAACAGGAUAUCAUAGCAGGCAAACCAACAGGUAUCAUUCGAGCAAGCCUUGGCGCCAUGAGCACGAUAUCCGAUGUGGACUUCUGUAUUAGCUUUGUUAAAGAGUUCUAUCAAGAAAGAACCGCGCUUGCCGAUGCCAUACCCGUACAAAACACUUCCACUCCGCUCAUGGGGCUUCAAAUUCAAGGGAUUAACGUAUAUCCUAUAAAGAGCUGUGGAGGUUAUCCAGUACCUUUGGGAACAGCAUGGGAGGUGAAACCUGAGGGUCUGGCAUGGGACAGAGAAUGGUGUCUUGUUCACCAAGGAUCAGGGCAGGCUCUCAGCCAGAAACGAUUUCCAAAGAUGGCUCAGCUCAAGCCCACAUUUGACUUCAACAACGGAACACUCUGUAUCACCUAUCGGGGGGAACAAAUACUGCAAGGUCCCAACAAAAUACUCAUUCCUCUUUCCGAGAAUCCGGCUCAUUUUGAUUCAAAGGCCUCAACUGGAAGAAACUCUCGCGUCUGCGGCGACAAAAUUACACCGCAAAUUUAUAGCUCCUCCGUCAUCAACGGCUUUUUCAGCGAUAUUCUUGGGGUUUCGUGUUUGCUAGCUCGGUUUCCGGCAGGCGGGCAGGGUCUUGGUUUGCGCCACUCCAAAGCCAAGUUGCAGAAGCAUCAGCAAGUCAGGACAGCGGCACCAGCGUUAUGCCCGGGAGCUUUCCCAGAACUGCCGUCACCCCCAGAUUCGGACUCAGAGCAACCGUCUGGCAAUAUUCUUCUGUCAAACGAGAGUCCCAUUCUCUUGAUUAACACAGCCAGUCUGUGUGCAUUGAAUCGCGAUAUUGCAGCAAAUGGUGGAAAGGCAGUGCCGCCAGACGCAUUUCGAGCCAACCUUGUCGUAGGGACAGCAGCUGUGGACUCAUGGCAACUCUCAUGGGCUGAAGACAUGUGGACAAGUCUCUCAAUAGGGCAAAAUGAGUUCAGUUCAAUGGGGUCUUGUCGAAGAUGCCAGAUGGUAUGCGUCGAUCAAGAGACCGGCGAAAAACACCAAGAGCCAUUCGUAACUCUAGCCAAAGUUCGAAGGUUUGAUGGGAAAGUCUAUUUUGGCAUACACUUGUGUUACAAACCAUCCAAAAAUCCUGAAGCCAAGCAAUCACAGUGCCCAACCAUCCGGGUAGGCGAUUUUGUUCAGGUAAACACCAAGACGCGAUGA